AAGCAACAAGUUGUUAAAAGGCAUCAAUAUCUUAAAAAAUGCCUUUUUCUUAAGUUACAUGUUUCAAAUGGUAUCUAUAGCCAGGCUAAUGAAAUAAUACUGACAAAUGUAGAGAUCUUGUAAAAAAUUGAAGAAUAUAAUGAACAAGACUGAUGUAAUACUGGACGAAUGUUAUAAGGAAACAUUAGCACGUGUCAGGCCUUAUGUAUUAGAAUUGUCGUCUGCAGAAAGUGCACAGUUAUGCAAGGUUUGGCUUAAUAAAUUAAACGCUGCUUCCUCGCAGCGUCGUUUGAGAAACGAAUAUCUUUUGGAAUUGUACAGGCAGCUGAAAACAGGUCACAUAAAAGGAAUUUUCAGUAGGCCUCCGUGUAAUGGACUUCUUCUACCAUUACCUAAGCCCCAUCAUACGGUACUUAUAUUAGGAUUUUUAAAUUUUGCCCUAACAGAAAAGAAAUAA